GUCGCCACGCUUAUUGCGAAGUUGUAGAAAAGAAAAGAAUAUUAUUUGACUACAAUACAAGUACAAUUGCAACUGUUUAAAUAGUGUUAUCUCAUAAUCUUUUUUAUAUCUGACUUUCUACAUAAAUUUGUGGUUAAUAUUAAUCAGCAAGAUGUCUCGCUAUCGCGAAUGGGACCUCUCGUGCAAAGUAUACGUUGGAAAUUUAGGAACCAAUGCGUCAAAGUAUGAAAUUGAAAAAGUAUUUUCCAAAUAUGGCAGUAUCAGAAACGUAUGGGUUGCAAGAAAUCCACCUGGUUUCGCGUUUGUUGAGUUCGAAGAUCCCCGCGACGCAGAGGAUUCAGUCAGAGGCUUGGAUGGCACACGAUGCUGUGGCACAAGAAUCAGGGUAGAAAUGUCAAAUGGUCGAACAAGAAGGGAUCGCAGGUCCAUUUUAUCAACCAACCACCAACACACCAACGACCUCACCACAUCUCUUCACAACUACGGCUUUAUUACCGCGAACGUCGCCCCGAACUGCGAACACAAACAACGCGCAGCCGAAGCCUACGCGAACUACGCCCCAAUUAUCCUCAUGACAGCUAUCACCUAAUCCCGAGCCUCCCUUAUGGACUCACACAUUAGGAACCGACCAAUCCUCAUUGCGAUCCCGACGCUUCACCGACUGCACACUAAACAACGGGGCACCAAUAUAGAAAUACAACAGCUCAGCUCUUCCCAUUUUUGACAACUUCCGGUUAAGUCAUCAUUUGAAGAUAUCGCCUUUCCCCCUUCGGCCACAGCAGCCUCGACGAACUCCAGGCUCACCAAGUCUCGGUACUUUUUAAAUCCUAUACUUAGCACUGCCUUACCUUGUAUACCUGUAUUUAGCACUAGUGGCGAUUACAGACCGAUUAUGACAGUAAAUACGUGUGAUUAAGUACAAUUGAUUUUUGUGUAUAGUUAAAUUGUAACGCGUUACUUACAUACUGGGUUGGGCGGGAGAUACACAUUACUGUAAUGUGAAUAUGUUCUUACUAAAGUAUAACAGCAUAUUUAGAAUUAAAACACAACUUGCCUAGCGGCUAACACACAAGAGUUUAUAAUUUAGUAGGGACAUAUCCGCGUUCCGCGCCCGCCCAGUCACAAUCUGAUAUGUGCCUGGUC